AUGGCCGCUCCCUACGCCCACACCCUCCUUCCGACAUCCGACCCCGAUCUCGACCUCGAGAAAGCGUCGUCCGACGAGGCUCUCCCACCGUACGGACAACCUGAGACCCGACCAUGCCAAGCCCGCGCCGCCAUCGCCAAUAAUAUCUGCAAAAUCCUCCUCGCCGUUUUCCCCGCCCUUUGUCUCUUCUACCUGCUCGUCUGUCCACCCGCACCAGCCCCGUCACUCCUUGCGCCGUCCGCCAAGGCCUUCGCACAAGCAAUCAUUUCCGUUAUCAUCGUGCUCUACCUUUGCUCUCCUGCGCUGGAGCUCCGGGCCGGCACGCCGGUCGCCGAGCACGCAACGCAGUACGCACUGCUUUGGGUGCGCCUCGUGCUCCCUGCAGUCGCAAUUUUCCUCGAUCCCACGGAGGCCGACACCGAGCGCAUCAUGUGGGUAUUCGCUGUCGUCGAGAUCGUUUGUGCCAGUGUGAGCAAUGCAAUCAGCAGUCCCAAACUGCCCGCCGCGGCGUCAACCGAUGUCGAGGCGGCUAGUCCCAGCACGCCCCAGUCCCAGCCGCGGCCCGGAGCAGUCGCCAUCAUAUCCUGCUCUGUAUUUCUCGGCUUCCUGUACUACAUGCUAUUCUCCCUAGUCAGGGACAUCCAUGCGUCGGGGGGCGUUCCGGUACACGGAGACCCCGCGACUGUGGAUGGGGCAGUGUCAUCCGCCGUGAUUGAGGGGUUGAAAUCGGUGUCCACAGCCGCGGUGACGGCGAUAGUGCCGAUGCCCUCAUAG